UUAUUAAUUAUUAUCAUUCUAUGGUUAAGAAUAUUUUUUGCUCUUUGGAUGGUUUUUGGCACUGUUGAAUUUUAUUUUAUUACAAAGUUAGUUUCUUAGUUUCACAGAGAUUCUAUCAAAAUGCCAGAUUGGAAUGAAAUAGAGAAGACAAUAGAAAAUGUUGUACUAAGCGAAAAAAAGAAAGAAAAUAUGAGUAUCUUCGAAAAAAUUUUGGGUGAAAUCGGCAAGGCAACUCCAGCAAAGCAAAUGAUGAUAGGAGUUUCUGUUGGCUGGGUAAGUGGGUUUUUGGCCAUGAGAAUUGGAAAAACUACUGCAAUGGCUGUUGGUGGAGGUAUAAUCUUAUUACAGAUCGCCAAUGAGAAAGGAUUUAUCAAAAUAAACUGGGAUAAAGUAAAUCAAAAUAUUGAUAAAGUAGAAGAUUUAGUAAAUCGUGAUCAAUCAACCUGGAUGAAUAAGAUUACUAAAUUUGCUGCGAGGAAUUCAACGUUCACAAGUGGAUAUUUAGGAGGAUUUUUAAUUGGUUUAGGUUCACAUUAGGUUAAAAUAUAUUUUAUGUGAGAAAAUUAUAUAUAUUUUUAGGUUCAUAUUCAAGUUUUCAAUAAAUUUAAUAAUUUUUGUU